CCAGAGCCAGGGAAGUGACAGCUCCAACCUCCAUCAGCACUGGAUAACGCCCUCCUCACAGUUCACUUCCCUGAUGUUGAACGAGUGGAGUGGCUGAACAAGGUCCUUGUACAGGCAUGGCCAUACUUCGGAACAAUCAUGGAAAAAACAUUUAAAGAAGUUCUUGAACCAAAAAUCAGAGCAAAGAGUGUACACCUGAAAACAUGCACCUUUACCAAGAUCCACUUCGGCGAGAAGUGCCCUAGAAUUAAUGGAAUAAAAGCCUACACCAAAGAAAUUGAUAGAAGACAAGUUACCCUGGACCUGCAGAUCUGUUACAUAGGGGACUGUGAGAUUCACAUGGACAUAUCGAAAUUUAAUCUUGGCGUGAAAGGUGUACAGUUGUAUGGGACAUUGCGGGUGAUCCUGGAACCUCUCCUAACCGAUGCCCCUUUUGUUGGAGCAGUGACCUUGUUUUUCAUGCAGAAACCGCAUUUGGAAAUCAACUGGGCAGGCAUGAGCAACCUUCUGGAUGUCCCAGGGAUUAAUGUAAUGUCAGAUUCACUAAUUCAAGACUUCAUUGCUGCACGGCUGGUUCUACCCAACAGGAUCACAGUACCUCUGAAAAAGAACAUGAACAUUGCCCACUUGAGGUUCCCUGUCCCCCAGGGAGUAAUAAGGGUUCAUCUGUUAGAAGCUGAAAACCUUGUCCAGAAAGACAAUUUCCUUGGUGCCAUCAGGGGGAAGUCUGAUCCGUAUGCUCUCCUCCGUGUUGGCACUGUGCAGUAUCGAAGCAAAACAGUCUCCAGAGAUCUUAAUCCCAUUUGGAAUGAGACAUUUGAGUUUGUUGUUCAUGAAGUGCCUGGUCAGGACUUAGAAGUGGAUUUGUACGAUGAAGAUCCAGAUAAAGAUGACUUUAUGGGCAGCUUGUUGAUAAGCCUGGUGGAUGUAAUGAAUGACAGAAUCGUUGAUGAGUGGUUUCCCUUAAGUAAGACGACAAGUGGACACUUGCAUCUAAAACUGGAGUGGCUUUCACUAGUAAAUGACCAAGAAAAGCUGCAUGAGGAUAAGAAGGGUCUGUCUACAGCAAUUCUGAUUGUCUACUUGGACAGCGCCUUCAACCUUCCCAAAAACCACUUUGAGUAUUCAAAUGGUGAAUGUGGAACAAAGAAGAUCAAAAAUAACAAGUACCUCAAGAAGAUGGAACGAGACCCUUCCUCCUUUGUCCUGCUUACAGUUGGGAACAAGACUCAGAAGAGUAAGACCUGCAAUUUCAGCAAAGAUCCCACGUGGGGCCAGGCUUUCACCUUCUUUGUCCACAGUGCUCAUUCCCAGUCACUCCACAUUGAGAUAAAAGACAAGGAGCGGGAUAGUGCCCUGGGAACUUCAGUGGUAUGUCUCUCCCACUUACUCAAGGACCCAAACAUGACUCUGGAUCAAAGAUUCCAGCUGGACCAUUCCAGUUCAGACAGCUUCAUUAAGAUGAAACUUGUAUUGCGGGCACUGAAUGUUGAAGAACCUGAUCCACAAAGAGUCAAGGCUGGUGUCAAUGCCUCCAGGCUAGGUCCCAUGCAUGUUACGGAGAAGGCUGGAAACCAACAGAAGUUUUCCUCUCCACAAGUCUCAAAAGUACCUCCCAUGAGCAAAGACUCUGCAGCACUUGAAUCUCUGCCAAAAAAGGACAGUGGAGAAGACCUGGACACUAAAGACAGUUCAGGAGCCCCUGUACCAAGUGAAACUGUGUCUGGCCUUGAUGAAGCAGAGGGCAAGCAAAAUCCAGAGCAUGGCCCACCAUCAGCAUUGCCCAGCGGAGCAGCAGCCAUGCCAACACUGCCUGUCCUGCAGGAAAUGAGGGUGGCACCCAGUGUCACUUCACUGGGGUCCCUGCCUUCUUCCUGCUUUGAAUUGAGUAGCAGCAAUCUGGACAUUCAUAACGGGACUGAGAUGCCUCUGGGGGAGAUCCAGCUGACCGUGCGUUACGCUUCCAUCCGGCAAAGCCUCGUCGUGCUGGUCAACGGCUGCAGAAACUUGGUACCCUCUUCCAAUCGUGGAGUCGAUCCAUAUGUUCGUAUAUACCUGCUUCCAGACAGAAGAUGGACAAGCAGGAAGAAGACUUCUGUUAAGAAAAAAACUCUGAACCCCCAAUACGAUGAGAAGUUUGAAUUUUUUGAAUCUUUGGAAAAUGUCAAGAAAAGGACACUGGACAUUGCAGUGAAAAACAGCAGGCCAUUCAUUUCACAGGAGAGGAAGGAACUGGGGAAAGUGCGCAUUGACUUGUCCCGGGAGGAUUUAAUAAAAGGUUUUGCUCAAUGGUAUGAGCUGACAAGGAGCAGAUGCAAGAAAAUCUGAUUUCUUCUCAUGUACAUAAGUUACUAAUUUUUCAACUUCAUAUGGAUGUACAUAGCUCUUGUAAUUAACAUUUUUUGCACAGUUGUUGCAAAUUUGAAGCAGGCUCCAGCUCAGGAUGUGCAAAUUUAAUGAUCCUAUUUGGAUCAUUAGUUCUAUUAGUUCCUAUUCGGGGAUUAGUUCUCACUGAAGUUAAACAUAUUUUCCCCCACACAGGGAAUAAUUUGUCCUUAAAGAAUAAGUCCUUUAUUUUUGCUAUUUCUGGCAAAUCCCCCUUCAAAGGACCUCUAAGUGUGAAACCUCUUUUAAAGAAGAGUUGUACCUGGGGAGAUUUUAGACUGCCAGCCAAGUGUCCUUACUUUGCUUGGCAGUCUGAGGGCCCUAGGAGCUUGUUCAUGUUGUUUUAACAUGGAAGUGGUGUACUUUUAAAAGAAUACAUUUUGAAACAGUAUUCUUCAGCUGUAGGGCUACAGAAGCUUUUAAAAGAGAAACUCUUUAACAGCUAUUUUUGUUUGAGAAACUAAGAAGUUGGUAGUCCACUGUUCAGAAUACCUUAGCUGACUGUGGCUGCAGGUAUGUAAAUAAUGAGCUUCCAAAAGCAGGGAGAUGAACUUACCAAGAUGUCAUUAAGGUUUUAGUUUGUGACGCCUUAACUGGUUUUGUCCUUUGUUACGGUACAUUUCAAAAUCUUGUAAACCCAGAUUCUGUCUGAGGAACAGCAAAGUUUUGUAAACUAAGCUUUAAUAAUAUUGAGGCAAAAUAUUUUUGGAAGCUUGGUGUACUUGUUUCUGUACAAUAAACUUCUAAUUGUCUUGCAUAAGA